CCCCAAUCAAUCAAUCCAUCCAAAAAAAUAAAAAACUAAAAAAAUAUUUUAAAAAAUACACUAAUAAAAAAAAAAUAAAAAAAACACAAAAAUGGCCGGGAAAAUUACACACACUGCCCUCCAAACCGCCGUGGUGGCGGUUCUUUUGACAAUUCCAAUCGUCUUCUCCAACGACAUGGUCCCAAUACCCCCAAACCAGGCUCAAGUAAAUAGUUGGUUCCAAAGCAAUGUCCAACCCUACAUGUCACGAAAAGGCACUUUAGACCCCGCCCUGGUGGCCGCGGAGGCCGGUGCUAAAAUAAUUAAGGUGAAGAAAGGAGGCGGCGGAGACUUCAAGACGGUGACUGAUGCCGUGAACAGCAUUCCAUCCGGGAAUAAGAACCGGGUCAUCGUGUGGAUCGGUGGCGGAAACUAUUCAGAGAAAAUCAAGAUUGAUAGAUCUAGACAGUUUGUUACAUUUUAUGGGUCUCCAAAUGAUGUGCCAACUUUGAUUUAUGGAGGUACGGCAGCGCAGUAUGGGACUGUGGACAGUGCUACGUUGAUAGUGGAAUCGGACUAUUUCAGUGCUGUUAAUGUUAAAAUUGUGAAUUCGGCGCCGAGGCCGGAUGGGAAGAGGAAGGGAGCGCAAGCGUUGGCGUUGAGGAUGUCUGGUGAUAAAGGGUCGUUUUAUAACUGCAGAAUCUAUGGAUUUCAAGACACAGUUUGUGAUGACAGAGGCAAUCAUUUCUUUAAGGAUUGUUACAUUGAAGGCACUGUUGAUUUUAUCUUUGGCAGUGGCACCUCUCUCUAUUUGAACUCGGAAUUACGAGUGAUACCAGGGGACCCGGUGGCGAUGAUAACAGCACAGGCGCGGAAGAGUGAUGCAGAGGACAAUGCAUACUCAUUUGUACACUGUAAGGUAACAGGAACAGGAAGGCAUGCAUUCUUGGGGAGAGCUUGGAUGCCUUAUGCAAAAGUGGUGUAUGUAUACACUGACAUGAGUGAUGUUGUUCAACCUCAAGGAUGGUCUGAUAACUUCCAUCCUGAGCAUGACAAGACGGUUUACUUUGGAGAGCACAAAUGCUCAGGUCCAGGUUCAACCUCUACUAAAAGGGCUAAAUUCAGCAAGCAGUUGAGUUAUGAAGAGGUUAAACCCUUCAUCACCCUUGCCUUCAUUAAGGGUUCCAAGUGGCUCCUUCCUCCUGCCAGGGUCUGAUGAACACGUCGAUCGGAGAAUUGAACAGUGUCAAUCGAGGGCGUCUUGCAUCGGCCUUAAUUAAUUUUUUAUUUUUUUUGUAGUCUUAGUUAUUAUUCCUGGGUGUUACAAUAAUUGUCGUGUGUAUACGAGAGAUUAAGGGUGUAGUCACAUUGAUGCCCCGAAUUUUGGAAUUUUGUAGCUCACUAUGAUAGUAUGUGACUGUUUAAUGAAAUAUGUUAUUUUUUAUUUUUUUUUUUG